CGAUUGGCUUACAGCUGCUAGUAGGACGCACUGGAGCGCCGGCUUCCACCCGCUUGCGCAAGACGCCAUUUUGGAGUAACGGCCAGUCUAACGGAAGAUACGCGAAAGCUCCGCAAGCGAGCCUUUGACCAGCGUCGUCGCCAUGGGCAACAUAUUUGCUAGCGUCUUUAAGGGCCUCUUUGGCAAGAAGGAGAUGAGGAUCCUCAUGGUGGGCCUGGACGCCGCGGGGAAGACCACCAUCCUUUACAAGCUCAAGCUGGGAGAAAUUGUCACCACCAUUCCCACCAUCGGUUUCAACGUGGAGACAGUGGAAUACAAGAACAUCAGUUUUACCGUGUGGGACGUGGGCGGUCAGGACAAAAUCCGUCCGCUGUGGCGCCACUACUUCCAGAACACCCAAGGUCUGAUCUUCGUGGUGGACAGUAACGACCGGGAGCGCGUCAACGAGGCCCGCGAGGAGCUGGCGCGUAUGCUGUCGGAGGACGAGCUCCGAGAAGCCGUCCUGCUGGUCUUUGCCAACAAACAGGACCUCCCCAACGCCAUGAACGCCGCCGAGAUCACAGACAAGCUGGGCCUGCACUCGCUGCGCCAGCGCAGCUGGUACAUCCAGGCCACGUGCGCCACCAGCGGGGACGGCCUCUACGAGGGCCUCGACUGGCUCUCCAACCAGCUCAAGAACCAGAAAUGAGCGCUCCUCUUCUUCUUUCUUUGUUCUCUUUCCGCUCACCGCGCCGGCGCCCCGUCUGACACCUGACCCCCCCCUCCCCUCCCACACACAUGCACACGUUGUAGGGGUCCGCUGCGGGUUAGGAUGGGAAUAACAGUGGCGCGCCUUUGGUGCCCGUUGGACUCCCCAACCUCCCUCUCAGCCUGCACUCUCCCUUUCUCCCCUCUUCCUCCUCAGAGGAAGCAUGGUUUUCAAAGCCCCACCCCUAUCUCCCUCCCUCCCUCCCUCACUGUAUUCAAUGCCUGAUUGCUAGAUGUCAUUUCACCCCGUAUGAAGCGUUUAACCUGUAUCAGGU